AUAACAUUACAGAAAAAUGUAAUAUUCUGUUGCUGUCUGUGUGUAUGCGUGUGUUGUGUGAUUAUUUGAUUUUAUAGAACUUGUUAUUCAUACACAGUUGUCUCAAUAUGGUAAACUGAUAAUGAAAAUGCAACAAUAGUCAUAGUGCUGCAUCGUCAUGUUAAUGCGACUGCCGUUAAUGUUAGCGCGUUUUCUGCACAAUGGACGAUUGCGGCUGCUUUUUCUGGGGCUUGUUGUGCUGCUUGUGGGAAGCAUUCUCCUAACUUAUAAAUGGCGGGAAGAUGUGCAGUUCUGUUUUAUGGGUAGAGAGCAACCUGAGCCACAAGUGAUUGGUCCAUUGACGGAUACAAAUGUUAAUAUACCAAGAAUACUUGACGAUGUGCUGCUCACGGAACCGAAGCCCGUACCUGGACGCAGUAUAUUCUUUCAUGAGACCAGUUGCCACAGGCCAAAGCGCAAACGGCAACGACCUGGACAGAGCUUUGACACACAGUACAAUAUGUUGCAACUGACGGCACGUCAGUCGUGUGCCAUUGAGUCAGCCGCAUUGCAUAAUCCGAAUUUUCAUGUGUUUGUUCUGUUUGCCGGUCCCACCUAUCGUCACUCCGACAACAACAGUCAACACCAGCAGCCGCUUAUAGAUGCCCUAUUAAGCUACAAGAAUGUGCAGCUCCGUCAGCUUAAUCUUUGGCGCUAUGCAAAAGGCACACCCAUCGAGGAUUGGUUGAAUGAUGGUAAACUGUUCCGUUCCAGCUAUCUUUUCUCACACAUAUCGGACUUUUUGCGGUUCUUAACUUUAUAUCGUUAUGGUGGCCUCUAUCUGGACAUGGAUGUGGUUAUGCUGCGCAGCAUAGAAGAUGUACCGCCCAAUUUUACGGGCGCCGAGUCCAAUACUCACCUGGCCGCAGGUGUUAUGAGCUUUGCCGCCACAGGGUUUGGUCAUGAGAUGGCCGAUUUAUGCCUACGCGAUUUUAUUAACAAUUUCGAUGGCAGCGAUUGGGGCAAUAAUGGUCCUGGUGUGAUAACACGUGUGGCACAAGCGAUUUGUGGCACCAAGGACAUCACACUUAUGCUGGAGGAUCGCAAACGAUGCCUGGGCUUCAAGAUUUUCGAUCGCAAUGCAUUUUAUGCAGUUCCCUGGAAGCACUGGCGACAUUUCUUUGAACCACAACUGCUGGAACAGACGUUGGCACACACAAAGGAUUCAAUUUUGGUGCACGUUUGGAACAAACACUCCAAGCAGCAAGCAAUUAAAGUCGGCUCGAGUACCGCCUAUGGCAAGUAUGCGGAACAGCACUGUCCACGAUCGUAUGCGGCAGCGGGAGAAUACUUCUAACAUGUCAAUGAUUCAAUCUAUAGUUCAACAUAUCAAAGAUCAAGCAAUGAGCAAGUAUGGGAAAGAAAAAUUCGAAUAGGUUCAAUUGUUGUUUGCUAGAAACGCACACUCCAAAAAAACAAAAAAAAAAAAUGAAAAGAAAAAGACUUGCUUAAAGCCAUCAUACUCUUUUUUGCUCAUUUCAAUAUUAUCCGGGUAUAGUAAUACAAAUACAAAUAAUACCCAGCCCUAAAAUAUAUAAAAUAUACUUUUUGAAAGCUGAGUAUAAAAUCAUUAACAAAAAACGCACAGUUAUUUAGCGCAGCUGUUAUUGUACAUUUUAAAAUUUUGUUGUAUGUAUGUAUUUUGAAUAUUACAUUUUUAAUUACUUUUUAUGUUCAAUUACCAAUUAAGAAUGCAAUAUACAAACAAAUAAUACUUUGAGGUGUGUGGACUAUAAGAAAUUAUCGAAUAAUAUUUGUAUUAUGUGUAUAAGAAUGAAUCUCCAACUUCGGCUAGCCUACGAUUGAGUACCCUUGCAAAUCAACUUUGAACAAUUAAUAUUAAUGUAUACAACCAAUUGGAAUUCUAGUCAUCUUAGUUGGAACAAUUACCUAAAAACAAAAUGUAGCCAAAAUUCUAAUGUCACUAUAUCAAGAAAGAGAGAGAGAGAGAGAGCAAGGAUAUUAACGUAUUUAUGACUGUCCCAUUAAAUGGAAUUUCAAAUGUUUACAUAUUUACAAUCUUGUGGAAAGAGUGCAAUAAUAUAUUAAUUAUAUAUGUAAUAAAUAUUAGUUCUCUAGUACUCAAUAUCAUAGCAUAGCAAUAUAAAAUGUAAAUCCUUUUUCUGUCCAACACUUAAAAUAGUUUUUCUAUGGAUGUAAACAUACCCUUUAUACAAUAUGGCAAAUUAAAUAUACAUGGAACUCUUAGAAAAA